AUGCAUAACUCUCCAUCAAAUAGCCGAUGGACUGUCUCCAUUCGAGUUGCUGCCUCUGCAUCUCCAAAGUUUCAUAAGCCACCGUCCUCUUCCAAAUUGAAAACCAUAAUUAUUAUGAGUGCUCUCGCUCUUGCUCUUGCUUUGAGUCUCUUUUCAUUUUUAAUGUGGCAAAAGUAUCGGCUACCACCACCAGUAGACACGUCUGUGGAUUCCCCGGACUGUUUUCUUAGAAUGUUUAGUUACAUGGAGUUGAAGAUUGCAACUAGGAAUUUCAGGUCUAAGUUGGGAAGUGGAGGAUUCGGCUCAGUGUUUAAAGGAUCUCUACCAGACGGUACACUUGUGGCCGUAAAAAAAUUGGAAGGUUCAAGACAACUUGAUAAACAAGUCCGAGCAGAAAUCGGCUCUCUUGGCAACAUACAACAUGCGAAUUUGAUCAGACUUCGGGGUUUUUGUGCAGAAGGACCUAAACGGUUACUGGUCUAUGAUUACAUGCUCAAUGGCUCCCUCAAUUCUUUACUGUUCACUAGUAAUUCAAAAAGAAAACGGAAGGUACUGGACUGGAAGACCCGAUUCCAGAUCGCUUUAGGCACUGCGCGAGGUUUAGUUCAUCUCCACGAGGAGUGUAGGGAUCGCAUCAUUCACGGCGAUUUAAAGCCCGAAAACAUUCUGCUAGACGGUAAUUUUUCACCCAAGUUGGCAGAUUUUGGGUUGGCAAAGCUUGUGGGUAGAGAUUUCAGCCGUGUACUGACAACAAUGAGAGGAACAAGAGGGUAUUUGGCUCCAGAGGGGAUUUCUGGUCUUCCCAUCAGUCCCAAGGUUGAUGUUUACAGUUUUGCAGAGGCAGAUAUUGAAGAGGUGAGAAGAGCAGGCACUGUAGGGUUGUUAUGCAUUGAAAGGGAGGAAGAGAUGAGGCCAAGCAUGGAACAAGUGGGGAAGAUGCUGGAGGGAAAGAUGGAACCUCGAACUCCGCAGAUGCCAAGCUCUGCACUCGUGGACAGACAAGCAGACCGAAGUGAGACCGACAGCUAUGCAGGUUUAAAUAAAGAACGAGCUUGCAGGCUAAGCUUGAAUGUUAUUGAAUAA